UGCAUAAUCAUUGAACCCUGAGCUCAAGGUUUGAACUCGCCUCUCUCUGUCUCUGUCUCUGUCUCUGUCUCUCUCUCAUGGUUCACAAAUACUUCUUUUCGCUAGAACUUCCAUUCUAGAAGAACAUUAGCUAAUUCUCGAGGGACCCAUAUCGGUCUUUUUUUUGUCCAUCAACUUUUGAGUUCUCAUCUCUCUCUCCCUCGAUACACGUACACACACGGAAACAAUGAAGAACUUUAGUUGGCUCAUCAUUUUGGGGGUGUGUUUGGCCGCUGCUUGGCAUGGAGAAGCAGGAGACAUAGACGAAGCUCCAAUGGAGGAAACAGAAAGGCAGGCUCUGUACUCUGCAAUACAAGGGUUUGUGGGCAACUGGUGGAACGGGUCGGAUCUUUAUCCAGACCCUUGUGGAUGGACUCCCAUACAGGGAGUGUCCUGUGAUCUGUUUGAUGGGCUUUGGUAUGUCACCACCUUGAACGUCGGACCAGUUCAUGAGAAUUCCCUUGUUUGCUCGGCCAAUCCUGUCUUCACACCACAUGUCUUCAAGCUCACUCACCUGAAAUCCCUCUCCUUCUUCGGUUGCUUUGUCUCGCCCCACCAAAAUCCCGUCACGGUACCUCCCGAAAGCUGGGGAAAUCUGGCGAGCAGCUUGGAGUCGUUGGAGUUCCGGUCAAACCCAGGGCUCGUCGGGCAAAUACCAUCUUGCUUUGGCCAGCUCGUUAACCUCCAAUCACUGGUGAUCCUAGAGAAUGGUUUGAGUGGCAAUGUGCCUCCGGACAUCGGUAGUUUACCAAACUUAAAGCGGCUAGUCCUUGGGGGGAACUCACUCUUGGGCCCAAUCCCGGACAGUUUCAGCGGAUUGUCCAAGCUAUUAAUCCUUGACUUGAGCAGUAAUUCUCUGUCCGGGCCUUUGACUUCGGCUCUUGGGGGUUUGACUUCACUCCUGAAGAUGGACUUGAGCAACAAUCUAUUAGAAGGGAAGCUGCCAAUGGAGCUGGGCAAGCUCAAGAAUUUGACCCUUUUGGACCUGAGGAACAAUAAGCUCUCCGGUGGGUUGACUCGGUCACUCGAAGCCAUGUGCUCGCUGCAAGAGCUGAUCUUGGCCAACAACCCGAUAGGAGGAGACCUGAGAAUCCUAGAGUGGGAAAAAUUGCAGGGCCUGGUCACUCUGGACCUUUCACAGAUGGGUUUAACUGGAGACAUUCCUGAGUCGAUCUCUAAGCUGAAAAAACUCAGGUUUCUGGGUCUCAGCAACAACCACCUCGGUGGUCACAUCUCACCAGAAAUGGCAACAUUGCCCAGCAUCAAUGCUCUGUACCUAAACGGCAACAAUUUCACCGGGGAGCUCAAAUUCUCUAAAUGGUUUUAUGGAAAGAUGAAGAGGCGCUUCGGGGCCUGGGACAACCCUGGCUUGUGUUACCGGACCGAGUCGCUAUCAACAAGCCGCAAGCCAUUUGGGGUCAAGCCCUGUCAGGAACAGGGCAAUGUGGUCGAUGAGCCCAGCUCAGAGGCCAAGUUGGGUGGUGACCGAAUGAGGUAAAAUGUCCAUUUCAUGGCAUCUUUGGGAUGUUCAAGACAUGGUGGUGGUUUUUAUGGGUUGUGGUGUCCUUUUCUGGUGGAGGUAGCAAUGUUGCUGCUCAUUGUUCUGAAGAGUAAUUAGAUGAUGGUGGGUUUGAAUUUAUGAUCUUCAUUUACUCAGUGGAUGGAAUAGUUUUUGAGUAUAUACUAUAGAGUAGGCCUCUAUCUACUACUACUGGUAGCAACCAAGGGAUAGAUGAAGAAGAAGCCUUGGAGGCAGAGAAAAGAAGUCGAUCUUUCUAAUACACUAACCAUUAAUUUAUCGUAAGCUCAUGUUCAAAAUGUGAUCGUUUUCUUUUGUUGGCAUGCAUUCAAGUUUAAUUUCCUGAUUCAGGGUA